UGGGAAAAGUACAUCAACCGUAAAUUUUAUUGGUGCUUAUAAUAUUCUGAACUGCGAAACAGCUGGUUAUAUUGAUAUUGUGAUGUGUUAUAGCGAAUAUUUCAGACAGCAUCUUGGGUCUUCAAGAAAGCGAUCUCUACAUUUACACAGAUAUUAAACAGAGAGUAAAUUACAAGUUUUGCCGCACAUAAAUUUUCUAUGAAUAUUAUUCAACUUGUAUCGUUCCGAUCACAAUAACACCAGCAUAUAACAAAUUAUUUAGAUUUCGUUAUUGGGGAAUGCCCGUCUUCAUUCAUCUUUAUCCACGAAAAACCUAAACAGCGGCAAUAAAUAAAACGAAGCAAAAUGUAGCAGAAUGAACUUCAGCAGGAAGUUUGAGUUCCGCGGUGCCAAUGCUUGAGAUUCUUUUUCAAAUUUCAAAUUGGUAUUUGAAGUGAAUUUUCUAAAACAAAAGGCUCUACAUAUAAUGAAAUACGGCAAUAAUGUUGCUGCGCCGAUCCAGAAUAUUCCGCAUACUUCUCCUCUUGCUAACCAUCUCUUCAAUUUACAUUCUUCUUCAAGUAAUUUCUACGAAGGAACGACUUCCACGGCAAGAGAUUGAAAUGCGUAAAAUGAGGAAUAAUGCCAGAGAUAACAAUAUCACGAUCGACGAAAAUAUACAUAAGAACAAAACUGAUAGUUCAUUAGUACGUGUUUUAUCAUUAACAUUCAAUAGUGGUUUACAGUCAAAACGAAAUGAGGUUCUGAAAGUUCAAGAUUCACUUAGGAACAGCUCCUCAUUGUCGUUGUUGCCUGAAAAGCUGCCUUAUUACACACAUCACAUAAUUAACCCUUCUUUGUUAUGUGUACCUGAUGAUUUUAUGAUUGUUUAUAUUCACUCAGCACCAGAGAACUCUAAGCGACGAAUGGCUAUACGGCAAACAUGGGGCGACAAGAAAGUGUUGGGUAAAUUUAAAACCAAGUUACUAUUUGUGAUGGGUGUCGUCAACAACCGUCAUGUUAUGGAUAUGGUCAAAAUAGAAUCUGCCCGUUACAAUGACAUAUUACAGACUGAAUUCAACGACACGUAUCGGAACUUAAAUUCCAAAGCAAUGGCAGCGUUGCGCUGGAUUGCAACAAACUGCCACAAUAUCUCAUAUAUAAUGAAAACAGAUGAUGAUAUAUUAGUCGACAUUUUUCAAGUGGUAAAACAUUUGAGAUAUCUACAACAGUACGAAUACGCUCGGCAAAAUUUUAUAUUGUGUAAUGUAUGGGAAGGAAUGCCAGUCCUCAGAAACAAAAAGAGUAAGUGGUAUGUUUCAACUGAAGAAUAUCCUAAUAGCACUUUCGAAGUUUAUUGCUCGGGAUCUGCUUAUAUCUUGAGCCCUGACAUGCCUGUCCGUUUACUCAAAAUUUCGUUAAAAGUUCCGCGUCUUUGGGUCGAUGAUGUUUAUGUAACUGGUAUGCUAGUCAAUGCAUUAGGUAUAAAACAUACCAACUAUGAUUCGGCCUAUAUAUUUGGUGUUAGUAAUUCCUUGCAUGAGAUUUCGAAGGACAUCAAAAGAAAGAUUGCUAUUUACCAUGUACCUCAAACCGAAAUUAUGUACAAACUGUGGAACAAAUUAAAUGAACGCAUGAAUCACCCCGUUGCAACGAGAAAAGUUUUGAAAUAACGAAACUUCUGCAUUCCGUUGAAAACUUUAUUUUUUAUAGACCAAGUGAGACACAAUUAUUAAUACACAAGAUUAGUACCAAUUUCAGGAACAAUACAUGAAAUUUAGUGGCAGGCUGUUAGUUGAUAAUAUCGAUCCCAAGUCUUCAUGUUUAAUUAUUUGAAUAGAUCCUCAAGAGAUGUGCAAGCAAAUCAGAUCAUGGGAGAAUUUGAACACAGAGCGUAAUGUCAGUAGAAAUACUGCAUAGCGUAUUUGCAUCACGAGCAAAUGAUUUUGCAUGCUCACCGAGUAUACGUAAAGAUUAUUAAUAAAAGUUUGAAUAUAAUAAUGAGGAAAGAGGGUGUUAAAACAGUGUGAAAAGAAGUAAGAUAAUUGAUAAGCAUAAUUUACGAAUUUACAUUGUAUUGGUUGAUGAAAUUCUACAUGGUUUUUCCUAAAUAAGAUUUUAUACGUUAUAGUAUUAUUAAUUAUGCUUGUCAUUAGAUGGAUGCAAAUACAUACAUACACACAUACAUACAUACAUUCAUGCAUAUAUACAUACAUACAUACAUACAUACAUACAUACAUACAUAUAUAUA